AUGAAAUUUCUGCAUUUUUUUUUAAUUUUUAGCUACCUAGUGACUAAAGCCUACACAUUACACGACUGGUUGCUCGUAACCGGGUUUGAUCCUGUGACAAUUCAGUUUGAUGUCCUAGUCAAACCCAUUGUCCAGGCCACUAUAGCUCGUGGCACCAAAUGUACAGCAGAUGGAUGUACAAUUAUCACUAACCUCCCAAAAAUUGUACUCAUAAAUGUUACAACAAAUUCAUUCACUCUACGCCUAGUGGACACACAUAAUGUUUCAUCGGCUGAUGGAUACCAGGUGAAUUGCACCUUUCUUAUCGCAUGGAUUGUUCUAGAAUCUGGAUAUUUUCAUGAAUCCACACACUCUGACAUACUUUACGCUGGCUCUAUCGACUUAGACUUCGCCAAACCUACAUUCUCAGUUACCCUUGACAAUAGUAAAUUAAAGCUGACUCCGGGGAACUCAGCCUUUUCAGCCAUAUUAGUGGCCAAGGAUGAUGAAGACAUCUCCGACCUGGUUAAUAUAUAUUUCUCUUCACAGAUUUACACCCAGCCUCACGAUCUAGACACAGUAUCUAUUUCAUUCACUAGCAAUGCAACUACCAAAUUGUCUAAAACUUCAAAGACCGCCAAACUGCACUACUUUUUGGUGAACACAUACAAGCUGCAAAAGACUUCCAUUGGCAGGGACAAAAAUACGUCCGAUUUUUACGUAAGAAAAAUUUUCCUCAAGGACGGGAUGACCAUGCCCCUGGAAUGGGCCUACCCUGAACCCUUGUUGCUACCCUGCCAAUCAAUUACAGAUCCAACUGAUAACCCGGUUUCUACCAUAACAGCUAAAAUGGACUUCCAAUGGAUAGCCCGAACCAACGAAAGCAAGAUAUUCGAGUUUUAUAUCAUUCAGAAGUCCCCGGCAUUGAGUGGAGAUGAGCUGUUAUCUAAAAACAUCUAUUUCCUGAUCCUUAACAUGACUAAACCUCCACCUCUACUAAAACUAGAUAUAUUACCCCUAAAUAUGGGUUUCUACGAUACCAAAAAUGUCUACAAAUCCUUCUCUGCGCCUCAGGUUGUUUACACCUGGCUGUCUGGUAUAGGUAACAAAUACUGUUUAUUGGCACAUGCUAUUGAACCUAAUUCCGAUGUUGAUUGCCAUGCACUAUGCAAUUUUUAUGCUUCCAAUCCCAAAUAUUGCCAUCGUUACGGUACUGGAAUGGAAAUUGACACAGUUGAAACAUACAAUAGAUUUGCCACUAAUAACAUGAGUGAUUGUAUCGAAAAAUUCCUAAUUCCCUUGUGCAAAUUUCCUAAUGUGCGCGAUUUAAGCGAUGAUAAUAUGAUGGAAUCUGAGUAUCCCCUUGAAGACCAACAACCCACUCUGUUGAAAAACGUCGAGCCUUCCGCCUUUGCUUGCAGAGGCUCCGCUCCUGGCGGAGAUUAUGUCGUAUGUCGGAUGUCACAGCUCAAAGAUAAAUGGUUCUACUCAUCGUACCAGGUAUGCAAAUAUUACUUGGAACAUAAGGGCGAGCAUUGGACCAGUAGCGUAGUAUCAAUAGCUGCAAGUGACGAUGACACUAGUGCCGGCGGUGGCGCCAAAUACUACGUAACAUAUGAAAUAUGUAAGGUAGUUGUCAAUGCUAGCAAUUUUUUAAAGUGCCAUGAGUUGGGCAAUAAAAAUUGCCCCAAGUUACCAGAUCUGCAGUUCUACCCGAUCGAGAACCAGAAGAUGCACUCCAAUUACAUCCUUUACUCAUUUUGCUGCCCCAAUCGAUCCUCAACGAAAUCUAACAUUAAACCUUCAAAUGACACCAUCCCUGAUGGUGUCAUUCUUUCGGAUGAGAGACAUGCUCAAGGCCUAGCUUCGAUGCCCGAUAUAUACCAUUCACCUAAAGACAAAGAUAACACUGGCGCAAAGCUGCAUGAUAGCAUCAUGAAUGAUGUAAAACAAUCACAAAUACAAAACAACACAAUUCUUUCGGCCAAACACCAGACGAGUAUUUCCAUUGACAUAUCUAAUACACUUAGCGGGGGCAUAUUGUACGUGCCGAUUUAUGGCUCUGAAGUAGCUCCCACAUACAUAAAAGAAACUUGCAUAUACAGUGAGUGGGAAGAAUGGAGCGCUUGUGAAUUACCUUGUCAGCUGAAAAACAAAGUUGUUAAUCGCCGCCGUAGACGUACAUUGCUCCAAGGCAUUGGUACAAAAUGCCAUACCAUCGAAACAGAACCUUGCCAAGACAUACCGGACUGUUCGAGUAUGUGCCUAAUGAGCGAAUGGUCCGAAUGGUCCAAGUGCAAAGUUGAUAAGGAAAAUGGAUUAUCCUAUUCUGUCCGUCACAUUCUCUACGACUCUGAUAAGUGCAAAGAUCAAACAUUAGAGUUGUGGCGUAGCUGCAAGGAUGCGGACCUAGAUGAAUAUACCACCAAAGAUAGUUAUGACCUCAAUUUGGCCAUUAAUGAACUUGAAUUCGCCGGAAAUAUGGAUAAGGAAUAUGACAUUACAAAUGACUACAAAAUGGCAGUGUCAAGCACUUGGUCUGGAUGCACUCAACCCUGCGACAAUAGAAACAACAGGGGCGUCAAUAUCAGUCUCAAGGACAGCGAGCGUUCUACCAAUACCAUAAAUACCCGAUCUUGCACUGAAAAGUUCCCUCCAUGUGCAUUUGAUGAAGUGAUAAAUUGUGAAGAAAUAAGACCUGUCCUACCUGGUCUCACCAAACAAUCAUGCAUCUCCGGAUGCAGAACAAUACUUUCCAAUUGCAAAACGGACCAUUUGAAGUGCUAUGCCUUCGCAGAGUUGGGGAGUAAACAAGACAAAAAUUUCUUCAACAACUGCCGUUUAAAUGAUGAAUUGGAGAAGAAGAUUGCCCAAGUUAAGAACCUCCAGUACAAUAAGUGCUACAUUAGCCGCGCAAGCUAUCUGGUGGAUGAAAAUAGUUGGAUUGAUGCAAGAUAUAACGCUUGUAAUUGCUAUGAGGAGGGUGCCGUGCCUUGUGAUGAACAGGAUGUGUUUUUGUCGCUGGAGGAUCUCCCUGAAGACAUGAUGGCUUCCAGUGUAUGCCCAGUGGAAGCGCUGGCCCCAAGUGAAAUGAACACUUCCGACAUGGUUUCUUUUGGCCACAACAAGGCUGCAUAUUGCCCACUCGAAUACAUGAGGAAAGGCACAGUGACUUUUGGCAGCAUUUCAUACGAAACGCUAAGAAACUUCUGCGAAUACGGGGCGGGUUACAUGAACUUAAAAAAUUCACCUAGGUACAGCCUCUUCGAGUACCAGUGUCCCUAUGCCACAACAUUGGGAAAUCGAUUAGAUCCGGCCGUUACUACAAGCGAUUGUAUAGCAGAGUGCAAUAAAUACUAUACAGAAUGUAAAAACGAAAUUACCACAUUGAGUACUUGUUUGAUACAUAGCUUGCGUUCAUUGAGCAAAGAAUUCAAUAAGUAUAAGUGCCACCUAUCAGAAAUCUAUCCGCUGGAUUGUGAUAUGGCAUACUCUUCCAGUGCAGAGUUGAGUGACGAUUCACAUAUCUGUCCCGCCAUAUGCAAAUAUAACAAGAGAAGGUGCGAAGUCAAAAUUUUUGAGAAUGAUUACAAUAACUACAAACGCUGCCUCAAAGAAAAACUAAAGACCAGCGAAAUGUUUAAUAAUAAUUGCAUGUUUAAGCCCAUGGGCCGUAUGCCGGGUAGUGGAUUUGUACUCUGCAAAUUCCCACCCGUCGACUGCAAGUAUUCAGAAUGGAGUGAGUGGUCCAAAUGUACUGCGCCUUGUAACAGAAUAGACAACGUGGCCACAAGAAAGCGUAUGCGGACUCUUAUCCACCCUGCAUCAAAUUAUGGUAAACCGUGCAAUAGUUAUGAUUCAUUGGGUACCAUUGACAUCGAAAUUUGCAAGCAUUUGCCCCCGUGCCAAUCGGACAAGUGGAUAUUACCGGUCACUGUGGAGUCCAACCCAUUGAUCCUCGACUUUGUGGACAACAGAGACGACGAGCAGAACCAUGAAAUUGAGUGGGUGAAGGAGGCAUUUGAAGUUUACCCCAAGUUGAAGCAUUCGUCCGAAGUCAAGUCUUGCAAAUUAUACAAAUCAGAAAAGACCGAAGGUUGCGGAUGCCCAAGAGGCUACUCCCCGUGUAGUUUGGGAGAGUCCAUUAAAUCCCCCGAUCUGAUUACCUCCAUAAAAAACCUUUGUUCAGUCAACCCCUUAGCAUUCAUAAGUUUCGAAGACGACGUAGAUGUUUAUUACUAUCUGUGCAACGUGGAUAUGGUGUAUGCCGAAGAUGAACUUGACAUGGACAUUAAACGUUGUGAUUCAAUAGAUAGCUUCCAAUACUCUAGUUGUAUGGGAAAUGGAAAGUUGUUCAAGCCUUUCAACUUUAUACAAUUCUUCAUACUCGGGGCAUUUGCCUCUUUCACGUACAUAUUGAUCAGUGCUUUGUUGACAAAUGUGCCCAAGUUCAGCCAUUCCAAGCAAAAAACUGACUGA